GAGUGACAGUAUUUUUAACAAAUAAUGCCGCAGUCCGAGAUCACUGACCAUGGGCGGGACUUCCUAGCGAGUUUAGCAUUGCGGCCUCUGCUGAAGGGCACCUGUCUCAUUCUGGUUGUACGGGGGUCGAGUGUUUAAGGACCAUCUGAUAUCCAUCAUGGCAGGACAUGACGCUGGAACCCAGCACCAGUUCACUGGAAUUGCCAAGUACUUCAAUGCAUACACAAUCACAGGAAGGAGGAAUUGUGUUUUGGCCACAUAUGCUAGCCUAGCAGCCAUCGCCCUUUUCUUCAAAUUGAAGCCUAAGAAAAAGCCUGCUGUCACCGAAAAGUGAUUAUGCUUCCAUUUGCCCAUCAUUUCCAACAGCUUGGAAUGGAAAGAGCAGCUGGACAUGCUUGUAAUGAAAUUUGAGUGUUUGGUUUUCCAAUGUUAACAAUAAAAACAUCUAUGCCCAAAACAUA